AUGAUGUCAUACCUCAAACAGGCCCCGUAUGCCAUGAACGGCUUGGGGCUCGGAGGGGCUGCCAUGGACCUCCUUCACCCUUCGGUUGGCUAUCCGGCCAACCCAAGGAAACAACGGAGGGAGAGGACGACUUUCACGCGCACGCAGUUAGACAUUCUGGAGUCACUGUUUGCCAAAACGCGCUAUCCGGACAUUUUCAUGAGAGAGGAGGUGGCGCUGAAAAUCAACUUACCCGAAUCCAGAGUGCAGGUCUGGUUUAAGAACCGCAGAGCAAAGUGUCGACAGCAACAACAGAGCGGGAACGCUUCCAAGAUCCGACCGGCCAAGAAGAAACCAUCCCCGUCCCGGGAGAGUCCUGGAUCUGAGAGCAGUGGCCAGUUCACUCCCCCAGCCAUCUCCAGUGCUGGCUCAUCUUCAUCUUCAUCAUCAACCUCAACUGGCUCAAACUCCACCGGUUUGGGAGCUGUAGGUCCAAACAGUUCCUCUGCUUCGGGCACUACCCCUGUGUCCUCCAUCUGGAGUCCUGCUCCCAUCUCGCCCGUCCCAGCACCUCCUUCCAUCCCCGACCCUGCACCUCCUACCAGUGCCUCCUGCAUGCAAAGAGGCAUUUCAGGGAGUGGAGCACCUUCGUAUCCAGUCUCCUAUAACCAAACCCCCGGGUAUGCUCAAGGGUACCCAGGUUCCACUUCGGGUUCCUACUUUGGGGGCAUGGAUUGCAGCUCCUACUUGGCACCAAUGCACCCUCAUCACCCGCAUUCACACCACACACACCAGCUUAGCUCCAUGACGGGCACCAGCAUGUCUGGGCACGGGCACCAUCACCACCAUAUAGGGCAGAAUAGCGGGCAUCACCACCCCCAUCACCCCCACCCUCAUCAAGGCUAUGCCACGGCGGGCCUACCCUUCAAUUCUUCGGACUGUCUGGAUUAUAAAGAUUAUAAAGAACAGGCGGCUGCGUCGUCAUGGAAACUGAACUUCGGCUCGGCAGCAACUGACUGCUUGGACUACAAAGAUCAAACGUCUGCUGCCUGGCGCUUUCAGGUCCUGUGA